AUUAAUAAUUUAUCUGUGGUGUCUGUAAGGGCUAUUGGACUCACAGCUUUUAUUGCUGGUUUUGCGUUUUUCUCCAAUAAUUUAGUAUUUCAUGUUUUCCAUGUAUCCGGGAUUAUUGCUGCAUCACUGACAUCAUUUAAUGCUUGUACGAGAGUUGUUUUACAUUUAUCGUUGUGUGUCAUAGCAAUAAGGAGUUUCGUCUUAAUUUCAUUGGGUCCUGCUGCUUUUUCAGUCUUUGUCUUUUUUAUCUGGUAUUCUAACUCAAUUUUACAAUCUUCCAUUGGUUUUAUAGUGUUACAGCAGGGGUAUGGGUGCGGGUGGCUGAACUGUUGCAGGUGGCAGCACUGGGAGUGGCGGGAAGAGAGAGACUGAAAGAAAGGAGACGCUUGGCCCGAGAGGAAGCCAGCGUGUGCCUGUCUGUUUGGAAGUGUUUCCCUGCCUGUUGAGUGUCUUGUUGAGUGCCUGUCGUGCCCUGGGAGACUUGUGGUGCCCCUGUGAACUUGUAAAGCAGUGUACUUGCGGAGGAUUUGUCAAUAAACCUAGGAAAUAGUGCCCGUGUUUUCCCCUGUGCCCCGGCCUCGUGUGUGUGUGUGUGUGUGUGUGUGUGCCUUGUCCUGGCGUUCAGUGUGACUUAUUUGAGGCCCCGCUGGUGUUGUUUCUCGACCCGUGCCCUUGUGGAUAACACGCCCGCCCGGAGUGAAGGGUGGGCGCAACAAUAUCAUCAGUGUUUAUCGUGAAUGCUGCAUCCACGUGUUGUCUUGACUGAUAUGGUACCAGGCAGAGUCCAGGCUGCACGCCCUGCUCGCCGCCAACCAAUCUUGUUGUGUCCAUGGCGUGUGCUGGUGGGAGUGGUGCUGUGGUGGAGGUCGUGAGGCCGGGCAGCAGCAUGAGUGGCCAGCAGCAGCAGCAGCAGCAGCAGCCAGCCUCAGGUGUGGGGAGGCGCAGGCAUGGUGGCAAGAAUCACCUGGAGGCAGGCAGCUCUGUCCACAGAGGAGAGAGCAAGUUUGAGUGCCAGCAGUGUGACAAAACUUUUGUAUCCAAACAAGGCCUUAAGUACCACACCCUGACACACAGUGGUGUUAGAAAUUAUGAGUGUGGUGAGUGUGGCAGGAAAUUUACCCAAAAGUUUUCCCUCACUUCACACACACUGACACACAGUGGUGUUAGAAAUUAUGAGUGUGGUGAGUGUGGGAAGAAAUUUACCCACAAGUCUAACCUCACCAGACACACCCUGACACACAGUGGUGCUAGAAAUUAUGAGUGCAAUGAGUGUGGGAAGAAGUUUACCCAAAAGGCUUCCCUCACCACACACACCCUGAUACACAGUGGUGUUAGAAAUUAUGAGUGUGAUAAGUGUGGGAAGAAAUUUAUCAGAAAGUCUAUCCUCACCACACACACCCUGACACACAGUGGUGUUAGAAAUUAUGAGUGUGGUGAGUGUGGGAAGAAAUUUAUCAGAAAGUCUUCCCUCACCAAACACACCCUGACACACAGUGGUGUUAGAAAUUAUGAGUGUGGUGAGUGUGGGAAGAAAUUUACCCACAAGUCUAACCUCACCACACACACCCUGACACACAGUGGUGUUAGAAAUUAUGAGUGUGGUGAGUGUGGGAAGAAAUUUACCCACAAGUUUUAUCUCACCUCACACUCCCUGACACACAGUGGUGUUAGAAAUUAUGAGUGUGAUGAGUGUGGAAAAAGAUUUCCUACCAUUUCUCGUCUCAAUAAACACUCCUUCAGACACACUGGCUUGAGGGAGUUCAAGUGUGAUGUUUGUGGCAAGUGUUUCAAGACAAAGGAUGAUAUUGCCAAGCACAUGAGGAUCCACUUCUGAGGUGGUGUGUUGUGUGUGGAUGUGUGGGGCCACACCCAUGCCUGUGGUGGUGGCGGUGGUGGUGGUGUGAGGGAGUAACAGCCCCAGCAGUUGUUUUGUUGGCAGUGCAGGUGUGACCUUCAAUAAAUGUGUGUGUCUAACAUAACGCCAAGUUCUUUUCCGUUUUGAGUGGUGGUGUGUGAGUUCCCUGUGUUUGGUGCACAGUCGUGGUGGCCACAAGCACCGCCCCCAACACUUGCUUCACUGUAUCUGAGCAGCCGCGUCCCUCACCACCCUGCCAGCCUGUCUUGCGUGCACUGGGUAUGCCUGAGCCGUCGUGCAGACGCUGGGGCACGGCCGUGGCAGUCUUCGGCAAGCACGGGCGUCUGGCGUGGUGGUAUAAGAAUGCGCGUCGUGUCUUUUGUAUCAGUUAGGAAGAGCAGGGGACCCAGCACAGAGUCCUGGGGCCCCCUGCCGUGCACCUUCACUCUGCUGGACGCUGCUGCAUGUACUAUUGUGCCUCUACAUGCUGCACCUGCUGGAGGUGUUUCAGUGGUACAAGGACUGUGGCGAGGGUGACACAGGCAGAAUUCUCAGGAUACAAAAAGACAUGUUAUCAAUGUCUGUCAUGUUUCUCUACUCACUUCUUUACUUUGCUGGCCAAGAACACAUUACACUGUACAGUCUUGCUGCUGUAAUGCCAACACACUCUAGCAAAAAAUAAAUGAAUAAAUAAAAAAAACUUCAGUAGCCUAGGAAGCAAAAUACAUGAAGAAAAGGGGAAGUGACAACUAGAAAGAAAAAAAAAGGAAAACAAAACUGCUGAACAAAAAAAAAAGUAUUGGAAAAAAAAAAAUUAUUUUGACAGCAAAGCACACACACACACACACACACACACACACACACACACACACACACACACACACACACACACACACACACACACACACACACACACACACACACACACACACACACACACACACACACACACACACACACACA